CUUGAGCAUGAAAUCCAUUCUCUAUUCCGAAGCGGUGAGGGGAGAGAGAGAGAGAAGCGAGCUCGGUCUCUGUAUCUCGAUAGCUCCAAUUAGAAUGAGAUGAGCUUGUCGUAGCUAGGGCUAAGAUCUCGGUGCAUGAUCUCACAGAUCCAAUCUUGUUUGGUUCUGAUAAAGAAUUGUGUAUAGAGCUGUCGAUUGAGUCUUCAAUAAUCGGAGAUUGGAAGGAAUUUAGGCGAAGGUGAUCAGAAAAAGCUCGUGCGGUGAAGAUAAUUUGGUAGAUUGGGAUAAUGCACGAAUGAUCUUAUGAAGUGUGAUGCUUUGGACAAAGUAAGAGUUGGGUUCUGGUCUGUGGAUCGGAGUAAAUCAUGGCGCAAAAUAAUUGGGAAGCGGAUAAAAUGCUUGAUGUUUAUAUCUAUGACUAUCUGCUGAAGAGGAAUCUGCAGACUACUGCGAAAGCAUUCAUGACGGAGGGGAAGGUUGCUCCUGAUCCAGUAGCAAUUGAUGCACCUGGUGGGUUUCUUUUUGAGUGGUGGUCUGUAUUUUGGGAUAUCUUCAUUGCCAGGACAAAUGAAAAGCACUCAGAAGUCGCAGCGGCAUACAUAGAGGCUCAGCAACUUAAAGCAAGAGAGCAGCAACAGCUGCAGAUGCAGCAGUUUCAGUUCAUGCAGCAGCGACAAGUUCAAUUACAAAGGAGUAAUUCUAAUCAUCCAUCUCUGAGUGGCCCUGUGAGUGCACUGAACUCUGAUGGAAUCACAGGUGCAUCAACUGCAAGUGUACUGGCUGCAAAGUUGUAUGAAGAGCGUUUCAAGCAUUCUCCGUCUAUGGAUUCUGAUACAUCCAAUCAGCUCCUUGAUCCCAGUCGAAUGGCUCUUCUUAAGUCACCUAACAGUCAUCCAGGGCAGCUAGUCCAAGGUACUGCUGGUGCGUUGCAGCAAAUUCAAGCAAGAAAUCAACAGACAAAUGACAUUAAAUGUGAUGGGAACUUGGCUGUUGCUCAAAGAUCUUUGCCAAUGGAUCAUUCAUCAAUAUAUGGUCAGGGUAUAAUACAGUCAAAAUCUGGAUUAGCAGGUCCUGGUAGGUGUUCUGGUUUGAAUCAAGGCCGUUUAGGUGCGUUUCCUUUUGAAGGGUGGCCUUUGACAGGAAUAGAUCAAAUGCGCCCCAAAUUUAAAUCCACAAAUGCCCAGAAGCCUUUCCUAUCAACACAGUCUCAAUUUCGGCUUUUGUCUCCGCAACAGCAACAACAAUACCUGCCCAAGCCAGGCUCAAGGUAAUCUGGAAAUACUCCUAAUUAUGGAGAUAUGGAUCACGAAGAUUAAGAGGUUACCCAGGGGAAAACUUGAUAUGGAAAAGAUGGUCAACCUGCUGUAACUGAUUGGCCUGGUAGGUUCCCUAUGCCAAGCAUUCCAAAAGUCAGACCAGAUCAAGCUGAAUAUGCAGCCCAGAUGCAGCAAUCUUCUCAGCAACCACAGGAACAACUGCAGCAGCAGCAACAAUUACAGCAGAACAACAGAAAACGAAAACCUACUUCAUCUGGAGCUGCAAAUAGUACUGGAACAGGAAAUACUUUGGGCCCUUCCAAUUCCCAACCGUCAACACCAUCUACACAUACGACAGGUGAAGGUGUUACAAUGGCUGGAAACAUGCAGCAUGUAAACAGCUUGACAAAAGGUUUAAUGGUGUAUGGUACGGAUACUACAGCAGGGCUUGCAGCAUCUUCAAACCAAAUGGAUGACUUGGAGCAUUUUGCGGAUGUUGGUUCUUUGGAUGAUCAUGUAGAGUCGUUUCUUUCUAAUGACGAUGGAGAUGCUAGAGAUAUUUUUGCUGCAUUAAAACGAAGUCCUGUAGAGCACAAUCCAGAACCUUCUAAAGCCUUUACAUUCAAUGAUGUCGGUUGCAUACGUACAAGCAACAGCAAAGUUGUCUGUUGUCACUUUUCUACGGAUGGGAAAUUGCUUGCCAGUGCUGGACAUGAAAAGAAGGUAGUAUUAUGGAACAUGGAUACACUGCAAACAGAAACAACUUCAGAAGAGCACGCACUUAUUAUCACUGAUGUUCGCUUCAGACCUUCCUCAUUUCAAUUGGCGACAUCUUCUUUUGAUAGAACUGUGCGGCUAUGGAAUGCAGCAGAUCCUAGCUAUUGUUUGUACACAUUUACUGGACACAGUUCUCAAGUUACAUCAGUGGAUUUCCAUCCAAAGAAAACAGACGUUUUAUGCUCUUGUGACGGCAAUGGAGAGAUUCGAUACUGGAAUGUCACACAAUUUGCAUGUUCUCGUAUUUCGAAGGGCGCAACAGCACAAGUGAGAUUUCAGCCUCGCGUUGGACAGUUUCUUGCUGCAGCUGCAGAAAAUGUGGUGAAUAUUUUUGACCUUGAGAAGGAUAGAAUAACCCGAACUUUAAAAGGUCAUAAUAAGGAGAUACACUGUGUUUGCUGGGACACAAAAGGGGAUUUCCUUGCUUCGGUUAGCCAGGAUUGUGUAAAAGUGUGGUCACUGACAUCAGGAGAUUGUAUCCAUGAGCUCAACUCCAAUGGGAAUAACUUUCAUUCAUGUGUUUUUCAUCCCAGCUAUCCAAAUCUCCUGGUGAUUGGAGGAUACCAGUCCUUGGAGUUAUGGAAUAUAAUUGACAAACAGACCAUGACAGUCCAAGCUCAUGAUGCCCUGAUCCCAGCCUUAGCUCAGUCACCCUCAACAGGAAUGGUUGCCUCAGCUAGCCAUGACAAAUCUGUUAAGUUAUGGAAAUAAGUGGCCUGUAUGAUUAAUCUAUUCACUUGUUGAUGCAUCUCUCUUACCAUCAGAGAGUCAUUCAGAUAGAGAUUUGACAGAAGCAAUAAUGUUCUUGAUCAUUUUUUUUCUUCUUCUUUUUUUUUUUCACUUUGGGUUGGUUGGUUUCUAGAGAAUUAAUAAGGUUUGCAAGAGAUAUAAAUGAGCUGUUGGACGCAUUGAAUCUUCAAGAACUUGGCGGUGGCUUUUCCUGAUAUUGUACGCUGUGGUGUUAGGAAGAUAUCAAACCAAUUUCUGUAUCAGAGAAACAAAAGGCUUCUUUUCCUCUAAGUCCCCAACCCCUUCUAUUUGAUAAUAUUUGUAUAUGUAAGAACUUAUUAUGAGAAUCAAUAUCUACUUGGAUAUGACUACUAUGGUUUUAGAACUUUCAAUAAUUUAAUAAAAAAAUCUAUUUUAACAAA